CUUCCUCAACUUACCUCUCCUUUGCUUCCACACCACAAAGCCUUCGCUCACUCUCUCUCUCUCUCUCUCUCUCUCUCUCUCUCCGAGAAAUCAUGAGAAUUAGGAUUUGGAUUUGAUCAGCUUCUUCUGGUUUUUAGGUUUCAAGAGUAAAAAUCUCCAUUGAUGGCUUCGUUAUUGCCUCUACCAGACCUCACUUUCCUCUGUCCACAAACCACUCCUAAACACAGCCUUUCUUUCUCUAGAUUUCCUCUUUCUUUUAACCAGCGUAAGAGCGCUUUCCUCCUCCGCACUCGAGUUCGGUCUGUUAGAGAAGACAGUGUGGUGAUUGAAGAGAGGGAGCGUGAAUUGUUGAAGGAAGUGAAUGGAAAUGGGGCUGCUUCUACUAGUACUUCCGAUAACUAUGGUUUAAAUGGAUCGUCAAUAGGGAGUUAUAGUAAUGGUGGCGUUAGUGUGGUGGAAAGUGAUAAGGGAGUAAGCAAUGGAAGUUUGGUAAAGUACGUGAAUGGCAGCGGUGUUACAGCGGCGGAAAUGGUGGUGGAGGAAGAGGCUGAAUUGUCAGAAGAUGAACGGAAGAAAAGAAUAGAAGAGAUUGGGAAAGAAGAUGCCUGGUUUAAACGUGCAAAUGAUCAGCAACAGAUUGAGGUUUCUGUUGCACCCGGGGGCCGCUGGAGUAGAUUUAAAUCCUACUCAACAAUUCAAAGGACGUUGGAAAUAUGGGGAUUUGUUUUUACAUUCAUAAUCAGAGCUUGGCUGAACAACCAGAAAUUCUCUUAUCGAGGAGGAAUGACAGAGGAGAAAAAAGUUCUGAGACGGAAAGCCCUUGCCAAGUGGUUAAAGGAAAACAUAUUGAGAUUAGGUCCUACGUUCAUCAAAAUUGGCCAGCAGUUGUCCACUAGAGUGGAUAUUCUUGCUCAGGAAUAUGUUGAUCAGUUGUCUGAACUUCAGGAUCAAGUUCCUCCCUUCCCAUCAGAGACAGCUGUGUCUAUAGUUGAAGAAGAGCUUGGAGGCCCAUUGGAUGACAUCUUUGAUCAGUUUGACUAUGAACCAAUUGCUGCUGCAAGUCUUGGUCAGGUUCACCGUGCAAGAUUGAAGGGACAGGAAGUUGUGGUUAAAGUACAAAGACCUGGUCUCAAGGAUCUUUUUGAUAUUGAUCUUAAAAACCUGAGGGUAAUAGCAGAAUAUCUUCAAAAAAUUGACCCAAAGUCAGAUGGUGCAAAGAGGGACUGGGUAGCAAUUUAUGAUGAAUGUGCAACUGUCUUGUAUCAGGAGAUUGAUUACACCAAGGAAGCUGCUAAUGCUGAACUUUUUGCGAGUAAUUUCAAAGAUAUGGAUUAUGUCAAAGUCCCGACUAUUUUGUGGGAAUACACAACACCACAGGUUCUGACAAUGGAAUAUGUCCCAGGGAUCAAAAUAAACAAAAUAAAAGCUUUAGAUCAAUUGGGUGUUGAUCGUAAGAGGUUGGGCCGAUAUGCUGUUGAAUCUUACUUGGAACAAAUUCUAUCUCAUGGUUUUUUCCAUGCUGAUCCUCAUCCAGGAAAUAUCGCUGUUGAUGAUGUCAACGGUGGGAGGUUGAUCUUUUAUGAUUUUGGAAUGAUGGGAAGUAUCAGUCCAAAUAUUAGAGAAGGGUUGUUGGAAGCAUUUUAUGGAGUUUACGAGAAGGAUCCUGAUAAGGUCCUUCAAUCAAUGAUCCAAAUGGGUGUCCUUGUGCCUAUUGGAGACAUGACAGCUGUUAGACGAACUGCCCAAUUCUUUCUUAAUAGUUUUGAGGAGCGUCUUGCUACGCAAAGACGAGAGAGAGAAAUGGCUACAGCAGAACUUGGAUUUAAAAAGCCAUUGACCAAGGAGGAAAAAAUAGAGAAAAAGAAGGAACGCCUGGCUGCAAUUGGGGAAGAUUUAUUAGCCAUUGCAGCAGAUCAACCUUUUCGAUUUCCUGCCACAUUCACAUUUGUUGUCAGAGCAUUUUCAGUGCUGGAUGGCAUUGGAAAGGGCCUUGACCCUCGGUUUGAUAUAACAGAGAUUGCCAAACCUUAUGCACUCGAGUUGCUGAGGUUUCGCGAAGCUGGAGUUGAAGUUCUCCUGAAGGACCUCAGAAAGAGAUGGGACAGGCAGUCUCGUGCUUUCUACAACUUAUUUAGACAGGCAGAUAGAGUUGACAAGCUUGCUGAAACUAUCCAACGAUUGGAGCAAGGUGAUUUGAAGCUUCGAGUUAGAAAUUUGGAGUCUGAAAGGGCAUUCCAGCGUGUUGCUGUUGUUCAGAAGACAGUAGGGAGUGCAGUAGCUGCUGGAAGCCUAAUGAACCUUGCAACAAUUUUGUAUCUCAAUUCCAUUCGAGUACCAGCCAUUGCAGCAUAUGCCUUUUGUGCAUUCUUCAGCUUCCAAGUUCUCUUAGGCAUUGUAAAGGUCAAAAAAUUUGAUCAGCAGGAAAGGUUGAUAACAGGAACUGCAUAACAAACUGAUCCUUGUAAUGAGGUCAUUACAGAUUUAGAGUAGAGAUUCAGCUAAGCAAGACUCGGUAUUGCAAGUUCUGACCAUUCAAAUAUGGAGCUUGAUGAAUGUUUUGUCAAAUGUUGUUUCAAUAGCAGCAUAUAAAUUUGAUGAAGACCUCUCAAGACUAAAUGGUUGGGCUGUGUUUUUCUCGGAAGCUUACCAAGAAUAGAAUAUAUGUUUUGGAUUCACAAUUGCCAUUAUUUCUCCAAUGUCACUAGAGGUUUUUGGGCUGGCUAUUUACCAUAAUUAACGGUUCUAAGAAUGGAGAGUUAAUUAUUUAAGAGUUCUGUGGCCAAUAUUGGCAUGUGUAGCUUUCAGCAUAAUUCUACAGAAAAUCAUUUUCAUAAACUGUGUAUAAUACUUCAACAUGAUGUGAUGUUCUUUAGUGAAAUUUGUGAGCCAUAUACCAUUCUUAUGUGGGAAUUUGAAUUA